AACGGCCGCCGGAGGGCGUUUUGUCCUGUGUGUGGGAGCGCUCUGGGGGGGCAGGGGGGGGGGGUGGUUGCUGGGGUGGGAGGCGUGUGGAACCCCGUCUUCUGCCCCUGGGGAAGGGAAGCCUGAGUAGAAUAUGGCCUGGGGGAGGGGGCUGUCCCUUCUGUGGCACUGCUGGGAGGAGAAAGAAAAGAAGAUGGAGUGGUUCAAACAGCGUACCUAUGCCCGACAGAGACCGAAGAAUGUGUACUGCUCCUCCCCCGUGCCAAGGGGGGCGCUAUCAGGUCCCCGAGGCAGCAGAAAAGCCAGCACUCUCCAGCCCUGCUGCCACCUCUUCCAGUCCCAUGCCCAAAGUGUGAACGGAAAUCCCAAUCGGAAAGCCUUACCAAAAAUCAAAGAAAACUCUGAAGUGACCAAAACAAAUAGUUCAUCUGAUCAGAGUGAUCAAUUAAAUGAUGAGAAAAUUACAUGUAUGGAAGAAAAUGAAGACAUCAGGGAAAAAAGCACUAUGCUGUUGAGGGAAUCUCUACAUAUCAACUCUGAAAGUAAAGAAAGUUUGAAAAACAGUGAGACUACUUCAGGAUUGACUCUGCCUACAGGUGUCUCUACCUUUCUACUGCACUGUUUGGACAUGGAUUCCAGUACAGAGUCUACUGAUAGCAUGAAUAGUUGCCCAUCACCUGAAAUAUUCAGGGAUGAAGACAGUUUAGACAGAAAUAAUUCCAAUCCUGAGGAAUUUCUCAAAUAUAAGAAUUCUACUCUCCUGGACACCAGCAAAGCAGUGACCAUAGAUAAGAUGCUGCAGCUUUCAAAUCUUUCAGAGAUAUUAGAGGCCAUAUCAGAGGGUCAUCAAGACCAGUACGUUGGGAGAGAGUCACCAUCAAAAUGCAAUAAAGAUUCUUCUGAAUUGAUGAAUGUUUCAACAGUUGUAGCAGGAAAACAAACGUGUAAAAUUGCAUCUACUAUGGAGAAAACUCUGGAUAUAAAAAGGAGUACAUUCUCUUCAUUACGGGCAAGACCAAAGAGACAGCUUGAUAACCAAAAUGCUAAUUCUAAAAACAUGAAGUGCCGGAAAAAAGUAAAAUUCAGCAGCCUGUUAACAAGUGAGACAUCUUCAUGCCAUCAGCUUGCAUCUCCUGCAGAACCAGACAUUGAGAUGGAAAUGAAUUCUAAAGUAUUGAUCGCAGAAAAAAAUAGACAAUUGCUAACAAGCACAGCAUACUUUCAGCCAGAAGAAUUAGAGUUUAACUUGUCACCAGUACACAAGGCCUCUUUUGAUGAAGACUUAUUCCUAAAUUCAACGGGUCCAUAUGUAAACUCAGAAGAAAUUGCUCCUGCAUCUUUGAGUUCAGAAGAAAAAAUUUAUCAGUCUCUGCACAACAAAGAAACACAAAACAAGAAAUCAAAUACACAAAACAAAGAAAUCUGCUCUAUUAUUAAAACGUCACCGGGGCUUAAGGUCUCCAUGGUUCACCGAACUCCAGUAAACAGAAACACAUUGCAUUCCCCUGAAGGAAUACCUGAAGAUGUUAUUACAAGUACCAAAAACUGGGUCUACAGUGACCAUGGAUGAGCUCUUUGGUUUUCUUCAGGAGUCAAAUGAAAGAAUUAAAGGUCCCUCUGUAAGGGGCAGAAGUAUAUGAUCACAAUAUAGAAGAGGAGGCUCACAGAAGUGUAACUUGCAUUGUAUAGUGUAGUUCAUUAUCUACAGAUGUCAGUUGUUGAGGCAUUUGAAAUAGCAUGUUCAUGCAUGCCUUGCAGGAAGUUCUUAAUUGGUUUAAAAAAAUUGUACAAAUAAGUAAUAUUUCAACUCGGGCAGUGUUCUGUAGGUGUACCAUAUAGUCAGUUAAUCUAUAUUUAAUUAAUUGAAAGAAUAUGCAUGGAGGGAUGGGUGAUUAAAUUGUAUGAAAUAGAAACAUUUGGAUUGAUAUGCCAACUUGCUAAUAUUUAUAAAGAAAAUUAUGAAAACUUUAAAA